UAGUAAACAAAUCGUCGUCUCCGGUUGUGGCGCCUCAGAAACGCUGAGAGAAAUCGAUCAAUUUCGUCCGAAAAUGUUGUCUGAAUGAUCGAACUGAAGGUCAACCAAGGUACAUCAGUGACCGAAGUUAAAUUGAUUGUGCUUGUUUUCUGUUCAUGCAUUAUAUAAUGUACAACAAGCAAGAGAUGAAUGCAUUAGGCUGUAUAGAUAACCUGUAUUGUUACGGAUGAUGCAUCGUCAGUGAUCACUGGUAAUCUGCAAAGGACCAUAUUUUCCUCAGUAUUAUGCUAAUUUUCCUCAAUAACAUACUCUAGAGUAUUACAAACUUAGGAAAAUUUCUUCAGAGCUUAACUGGGAUUGAGGAUUGUAAAUGGAACAUCCUGUGGAAAUGCUGUUAAUCAAAGAAGAGAAGGAGAAUUUGGAGAAGAAUCGUUUUGAAAACACAGACGAAGGCUCUUCAUAUUCAGACUCCUUCAGAACCAGAAUAUUUAGACUAUAGUGACACUGAUGUGAACUGUUCAUCCCAACCUGCCAAUUCCAAGGACAGCUCUCCAAGCUGUGAUGAUAUAAGGGGAAAGAUCUGUAUUCCAAAAGAAGAAAACAGACAUUUGGGUAAAACUGAAGUAUUUUCAAAGACAAGCGAAGUAGCAGGGAAGGAAAUAACUUGUGCUGAAUACCAAAGGACAUUUUCACAGAUGUGCAGCCUGAAAUCCCACAUGAAAACUCAUAUGGGAGAGAAACCAUAUACCUGCUCUUUGUGUCAAAGAAGUUUUUCUCAAUUAGGUCUUUUAAAAAAACACAUGAGAACUCAUACAGGAGAAAAACCUUAUAGUUGCUCUAUAUGUCAAAGAAGUUUUGCUGAAUCAGGUUAUUUAAGAAGACACAUGAGAACUCAUACAGGAGAGAAACCAUAUACUUGCUCUAUAUGUCAAACAAGUUUUGCUGAAUCAGGUUAUUUAAGAAGACACAUGAUAACUCAUACAGGAGAGAAAAAGUUCACUUGCUCUGUAUGUCUAAGAGGUUUCUCUCAAUCGUGUGAUCUCAAAAGACACAUGAGAACUCAUACAGGAGAGAAACCGUUUACUUGCUCUAUAUGUCAAAGAAGUUUCUCUCAAUCGUGUGAUCUCAAAAGACACAUGAGAACUCAUACAGGAGAGAAACCAUAUACUUGCUCUAUAUGUCAAGGAAGUUUUUCUUAUCAAAAUACUUUCAAAAUUCACAUGAGAACUCAUACGGGAGAGAAACCGUAUAAUUGCUCUGUAUGUCAAAGAAGUUUUUCUAUAUCAGGUACUCUCACAAAACACAUGAGAACUCACGCAGGAGAGUAACUAUAUACUUUCUCUGUAUGUCAAGGUAGUUUUUCUCAUCAAAAUACUUUCAGAAUUCACAUGAGAGCUCAUACGGGAGAGAAACCGUAUACGUAAUUGCUCUACGUGUCAAAAGAAACAUGUCAAAAGAAAUUUUUCUUCCCGAAGUGGGCUCAAAACACAUGAAAACUCAUACGGGAGAGAAUAUAGAGGUGCAACAGUAGACCCCAGGCUGGGGCCCAUUGCAUCCCGGAUAUAAAUUGAAAAUUAAGAGAAACAUAAGCCAGAGAGAAACAUACUACAUGCUCUAUAUGUUAAAGAAGAAUUUUUUUUACAUUACAGUAAUCUCAAAACACAAAUGAGAAUUCAUGCUGUAUAUAGAUACCAUAUACACUUGCUCUGUAUGUCAAGGAAGAUUUUCUGGUUCAAGUCAUCUCAAAGCACCAGAAAAUUGGCAUUGGGCAGAAACUUUGUACUUUAUCUUAUAGUCAAAGCAGUUGUUCUAAUUCUGAUACGUAUUCUGAAAGUGCAUGUUGGAAAUCAUUGUAGAGAGAGAGGACAUUCUCUAGCCUAAUGUCAAAAAUAUUAGACAAUUUCAAAUGAUUUGAUUACUCAUGAAAAUUCAUAAUAUUUAGAAGACAGUUGAAUGUACUGAAUCCCAAAAGGGUUUUAGUUAUACCUCUGUUGUAAAAAAAGAAAAAAAAAUAACCCAUAUUGGAGAGAGAAGCCAUUCACAUCUUAUGAAUGCCAAAGGAGAUGUUUUAAAUCAAGGUGUCAAAAGGUGUGUGAAAACUCGUACUAGGAAGAAGCCAUAUACAUAAAACUGACAGAGCAGAGAUAAUAAGAUGGAUUUUUUCAUUAAACAUCAGUGAAAAUUUGGUGCAGUUUGAUAUUGAUAUGUUCUUGGUUUUAAAAUUCUACAAUAAAUGAGGUAAGCAUGAGUAAAUCCUAAUGCUUUGUAUCAGCUCACUUGUCAUAGUUGACGAUUGACUUUAUUGUAUUCUAAGCUAACAAUUCAAAAAUGUGGAGCCAGGACUUACUUUGUAAAUGACUAAAGUAUUAUAUGUAUUAUUCUGAUAAGAUUAAAUCUCUCUUUUUAAUUAAUUGCAAUGUAUAGACUUGAAAAAUAUUUAUGAAUAUAUAAAAAUAGAUUA